AUGCCGGCCACCCGUCGUCGUGGAGGCAAGACCGCCGCCACCCGCUCAACCCAGCCCACGUUAUCCUUCGGCGUGAAGUCUCGAGUCACAAAGCCCUCCACAGCUCCAUCCACGCCAUCGGAGAAAACAAAAUCUCUUGAGCCUCUAGCUACAGAUAUACUCGAAAAAGCAACCGAGACGGACUUGUCCGAAGCAGAGAAGACCCCCGUUUCUGCCACCGAGCCGUCGAAGCCGCAUGUGGCGGAACUUGCUGUAAGGCAACAAGCUCGCCAGGAGAUCAAGCAACCGUUGUCCGCGGAGGAUAAACGGGCUAUUAAGAUCACCAAGAAGGAGUUACAGCAAUAUUGGAAUCAACUGGAAUCGAAGAGCCGAGGACCACGAGUUCAUCAAGACGGUCUCUCAGUGGACGAGAAGAUACUGCGACAUUUUGAUCUUUCUAGUCAGUUCGGGCCAUGCAUCGGAAUCGCUCGACUAAAGCGGUGGAGGCGAGCACAGUCUCUUGACCUUAACCCGCCUAUGGAGGUGCUCUCGGUCCUGUUGGCGCAGGAAGAUACUAAGGGGCAGCGAGCCUAUAUGGAUGAACUUUUGUCUUGA